AUGGAGCGGGACGCCACCGACACCGUGAGCUCCUCGUCCAAGAAGAAGAGCAUGAUGGCGAGGAUCUUUAAAGUUCGCAAGCGGAGGGAGAUGCUCCCGGUGCAGGUGUGCUUCAUCUGCAGCGUCCUGUGCGUGGCGUGGGGCAUGUCCGCGCUGCUGACCAAGACAGGUCACGGGAUGCUUGUGGAAGGACAGCCAAACGCGGAAUACUGGGGAAGACGACUAAUGGCUUCGGUUCCAGACAAUGAGACGGAGCCGAAGAACUGUUCAGAGCCAGCAAUACACGAGUUCCCCGGUGACAUUUUCACCAAUCCAGAAAGAAAGAGCGGGGCCAUUAUGCUGCACAUUGUGGCGACCCUCUACAUGUUCCUGGCCCUCGCUAUAGUGUGCGACGAGUACUUUGUGACAGCGCUGGAGAAGAUCUGUGAGAAACUCGAUCUGAGUGAAGAUGUUGCCGGAGCCACCUUCAUGGCAGCUGGCAGUUCUGCACCAGAGCUCUUUGCAUCUGUCAUUGGUGUCUUCAUCACCCAUGGCGACGUGGGGGUGGGCACCAUCGUUGGCUCAGCAGUCUUCAACAUCCUCUGCAUCAUUGGUGUCUGCGGGAUCUUCGCUGGACAGGUGGUGAUACUGACCUGGUGGGCUGUUUUCAGGGAUUCCUUCUACUACACCCUGUCCGUCUUGGCUUUGAUUGCAUUCAUCUACGACGGGAAGAUAGUUUGGUGGGAGAGCUUGGUGUUGGUACUCAUGUACGCUGGGUACAUCCUCGUCAUGAAAUUCAACUCCAGCAUGCAGAGGUUUUUCAUGGGGACGAAGAAGAAGAAGAACGUGGCGAAUGGUAACGCUGCGGCCAGCAGUGAGAUGGAGGAUGGUAAUACUAGUUAUGACUAUGUUUGGGAUGACAACCCGACAUUGCCUUUACUCUCAAAAGUGAAGCCCACCAAGCCUUACAGCCGUGGCUCGGUGGUGAUGGUGGACGAGAUCAUGAACGCCAGCCCUUCAAAGUACAGGUUCCCAGAGGCCGGGCUCCGUGUCAUGGUCACCAGCCAUUUUGGACCCAAGACCCGUCUGCGCAUGGCCAGUCGCCUCAUCAUCACAGAGCGUCAGAAGUUGGUCCAAGCUGCCAACGGCGUGGAGACACAAGUGAUCGACGGCAAGGUCGAAAUCGAGAACGGAAACGUGCCCGAGGACAAACCCACGAAGACGGAGGAAAAUGUAACCAUCUCACCAUUUCAUCUUCCAAACGGUUGCGGCAGCAGGUUGAAGUGGCUGAUCUCGUGGCCUCUGCUCCUGCUGCUGUACCUAACCGUGCCAAACUGUGCCAAGCCGCGCUGGGAGAGAUUCUUCAUGGUCUCCUUCAUCCUGUCCACUGUCUGGAUCGCAGUCUUCUCCUACUUCAUGGUCUGGAUGGUGACUGUAAUCGGCUACACUCUGGGAAUCCCUGAUGUCAUCAUGGGCAUCACUUUCCUGGCAGCAGGCACCAGCGUCCCGGACUGCAUAGCCAGUCUCAUCGUGGCCCGGCAAGGUCUGGGAGACAUGGCCGUGUCCAACACAAUCGGCAGCAACGUGUUUGAUAUUCUGGUGGGACUGGGGGUUCCCUGGGCGAUUCAGACCAUGUGUGUCAGCUACGGAUCAGUGGUGAUGAUUAACAGUCGGGGGCUGUUGUACUCGGUGGUGCUGCUGCUGGGCUCCGUGGGCCUAACGGUUACGGGGAUCCAUUUUAAUAAGUGGAGGCUGGACAUGAAGCUGGGAAUCUACGUCCUGGUCCUUUACGCCAUUUUCCUCUGCUUCUCCAUCCUGAUCGAGUACAACGUCUUCACCUUCGUCAACCUGCCCAUGUGCAUAGAGGAUUAG